AUGCUAGCCACACUGUAUAAUGAAGGUCGGGGUGUGAGUGAAGACGUGGUUCGUGCAGUAAAGUUACUUCAGGAUGCUGCUAAAAUGGAUAAUAAGCAUGCUAAGUUUCAUCUUGGUAUGAUGUACGAAUACGGUCGUGGUGUUCCACAAGACUUUCAGUACGCAGCCGAAUUAUAUCGACAAGCUGGCGAGCAUGUACCAGAUGCUUCAUAUUUCCUCGGAUUACUUUUCCUUCAGGGUCGUGGCGUUGAUCAAAGCUUUAAACGUGCGCGUGAACAAUUUCUAAAGGCAGUGGAUCUAGGAAGUGCGCAAGCUAUGUACGCAUUAGGACAAAUGCACAUACAUGGCCAGGGAUGUACUAUCGACUACUCGCAGGCACUCUACUGGCUAAAACUUGCUGUUGAGCAAGAUGACGUUCGAAUUCGCGCUACUGCUGACACAGUGGCAAAAGAAAUUGAGUAUGUACUUAGUCAGGCAGAUUUGCAGGUUCAGGCAAGUGAGCGCCAAUUAGGUGUAUCUUUUCAUGUUCAUAUUGGCAAUGUGGACGGUAACUAG